AUGAAAAAUUUUCAAGUGUGUUACUACACAUCAUCUUACACCUCUCGUUUCUUGAGACAAUGUUUUGCCUUAUUUGUGAUCCUCCACUGGUUGGCAUGUUUGAAAUUCAUGAUCACCCGUUGGACUCAUGGUGAUGUCGAAGAUUUGAUACCAACUUUUGCUUGGGUAAAACAAAUGAACUUUUUGCCCAAGUUUCCAAAUGAUCGUUACAUCACGUGCUUUUUUAACAUCAUGAGUGCCAGUACGACUUAUAACUAUGGAAUGUCUCUAUCUUUUUCUUCCGAAGACAUGAUCAUGACAAUGGUAUUAUAUCUUUUUGGAUCAAUCCUGAAAAUCCUGGUAGUUGCACAAAUUUUGCUUCUAGUUAGAAAUACGAAUGCUUCUAAAUUGAAGUACCAAACACUGCUCCAGCAAUUGAAUGAGUUUAUACGCCACAAGCAACUUCCUCAGGUGAUCAGGAAUAGAUUGUUGGAUUAUUAUGAGUUUAAAUUUCAGAAGAAUUUUUAUAAAGAAGACGCUAUAUUGGAUACUUUAUCUACGCAACUCAGACAAGAGAUUAUAGUGUACAGUUGCCGAAGAUUGGUGACCAGUGUUCCGUUUUUCGAAAAAAUUCCAAAUACUUUGCUGGUUCGUAUUGUGACUUGUCUGCAGUCUGAGAUCUACUUAGCACAAGUAAGUAGCUUUACACAACAAUUAUUAACUACCAGAUACAAUAGUAGUAGAAGGCCAACCUGGUCACAGCAUGUUUUCAUAGGAUCAGGAACUGUAGCCAUUUAUGGACAAAAUCGUGAAGUCGCACAUUUGAGUGACGGUGCCCAUUUUGGAGAAGUCGUUCUGGUCACUGAAAAUAAUUUAAGAUCGGCAACUGUUGUAGCUAUAGAAACUUGCGAACUUUACACUUUGGAUCGAAAGGAUUUUAUGCAAGCUAUUUCUCCUUAUCCUGAUAUUAUGGAAAGGAUUCGUAGGGAGGCAUAUAAACGUUUGAAUGUUUCUUUCUCCAAGUGGUCAACUGAUGAAGUUGAUGACAGUAGAUCGGUUCUUGACGAUGAUGGUGAUGAUCUGGAUGAUACUAGACCAGAAAAUUUGGUCUGA